CACACCUUGAACGUUGACUUCCAACUUCAGCCGCGUCCCUCGUCCUCCAACUUGCCGCGUUCUUGUUUUUAUCUCAAGCGCGUCCUCCGAAUCAUCGCAGUAUUUCAUCUUCGAAGAUAACUAGAAAGACUCAAAAGGAUUUGUUUGUCGAAUAGAAAAGAUAAACUUCGGAAUAUUUCGUAACAGAAAUAUGUCUGAAAUUACUUUUACUUUGUGAAACAAGUGAACAGCGACUUUUAGAAGUAUUACAGAACCUCCUUGUAACCUUGUGGUAGCAACUAGGACUUGGAAACCAUUGCAGUGCGAAUUGCGGAACUCCGGGUAACCUGCAUUCGAAAACGAGCAAGUUGUAAUUCGUGGUAUUGACCAAAGCCUCCGUCAGACACAUCUAUGGCCUCCUCAGGGGACAGCGUGAAGGCCUACGCCGAGCUCUCUCUGGCGUUGUCCAAUCAAGAGCCCAUCCAGAUACAUUCCAGUACGAAUAACAACAAUAACAGCGACGACGAAAGCCACGAGAAGAAGAAGAAGAAGGAAAAGGUUAGCCCCCCGUCGUCCGAAAAUUGUCUGUUGCAUGCCCAGUAUAACAACUCGGCCUAUUGCAGCCCCUCGGUUUGCCGUAGCACGAGGCAGAGAGCGCCAACCGCUUCCCAAGGCGUUCCAGGCGACCCGUCCCCGUCUUCCAGCCAAGAAUUCGAAGAGUCUGCCAGUCGAGGCUUUGCCGAAAGGCACUGGAAGAAUUUCAAGAAGUCUCUACCUUCAGGUAGAAAGAUGUCCCCAGUACGUGUCACGGACAUGCGGUGGGGCUGGGUCAGAAAGAACCUCCUUUUGCUCAUCACAUUUUCAGGAGUCAUCGUUGGCGUUGGACUCGGUUUGGCCUUGCGGGCAGCAGGGCCUGACUCGACAACAAUCCUUCUCAUAUCUUACCCAGGAGAACUUUUCAUUAGGAUGCUUAAACUCAUGAUCCUGCCACUCAUCAUUGCCUCAUUAAUAUCUGGUUCAGCUAGUCUUAACGCCAAAAUGAAUGGCCGAAUAGUUGUGAGGACAGUUCUCUACUUCAUUGCUACCUCACUCUUGAACGCAAUCCUGGGAGUCAUCCUCGUUGUUGCUAUUCACCCAGGCUCGCCAUUAUUCAAAGAGGCCCUUGCUAAAGAGAUUUCUACGGCCGGAAGUACAUCAUCAAAUGUCAACAUUUUGGAUGGUUUCCUUGACCUGGGUAGAAAUAUUUUCCCUGAUAAUUUGUUCCAGGCAUCAUUCCAGCAGGUUCACACCGUUUAUGAUGAGCGGAUUGUGACAGUUAGGAGUAAUUUGACUGAUGGAGUAGAAGAGGAGAUUCCUGAACUGGUCCGCAAGGUCAAGUACCGAGCAGGUACAAAUACUCUAGGUAUCAUAGUGUUCUGUCUAGUUUUUGGUACCCUCCUUGGAUCAUUAGGCAAAAAGGGAGCCAUUGUUAUCGAUUUCUUCUCAGUGAUUGAUGCUGUCAUACUGAAAAUUGUAACUGGCAUCAUGUGGCUUUCUCCUUUGGGUGUUGCAAGUGUCAUCAUGAGUAAAAUCCUAAGUGUGGAAAACCUCGGCACAGUGAUGAGCAACCUUGGCCUCUUCAUAGUGACAGUGGUGGUUGGUGUAUUAAUAUGGCAGUGGGUAUUCCAGAACCUCAUUUAUUUCCUCUUCACUCAUCGCAAUCCUUUUCACUUCUACAUCAACCUGCUGGAGCCUUGGGUGACUUCUUUUGCUACGGCUUCCACGGCGGCUACGCUGCCUAUCACCUUCCGAUGUAUGAAUGACAAAUGCGGAGUGGAUCCACGUAUCUCCCGCUUUGUACUACCUAUUGGUGCCACAGUGAACAUGGAUGGAACAGCUUUGUUUGUUUCUGUGGGAACAGUCUUCAUUGCUCAAAUGAAUGAAAUACCUUUGGGAAUCGGUGAAUACGCUACUAUUGUUGUGACCGCCACAGCUGCAAGUGUAGCAAGUGCAAGCGUUCCGAGUGCUGCUCUUGUUCUCAUAUUGAUUGUUCUUACAUCAGUCAAUUUGCCAGCUGAAGACGUCUCAUUACUCUUCACCAUAGACUGGCUUGUAGAUCGCUUCCGCACAACCAAUAAUAUGCUAGGGGACUGCUAUACAGCUGCCAUAGUGGAAUACUGGAGCCAAGGAGAGCUGCAGGCCAUGGAUGCUGAGACAGCUAGCACGGAAAAUCCCUACCCUAGUGAUGUAGAGAAAGCUGCAGAUCUCACUCCACUGGUAACCCAUCUGCAUGAUGACCCUGAUGCCAUGUUGCAUGACCCAACGGUGCUACUUAAGGGAGUGGAAUCUCCUGCAACAGAGAAGAAGAUGUUAAACAGUGGUGAAAUUCAUGUAGAAGUGGAAAGUACACCAAAGGAAUCAGCUACUACAACAAAGAUGUAAAUCAUGUUAACAGAGUACAAAAGUACUGCAAAUCAAGAUUGUUAUAGGUUUAUAGUCCAAAGGGAUUUCAGAUAUUUUAUUCUAAUAAUAUAAAGCAUGUGAUCCAGGAGUGUUUGGGCAGUCAUAUGUGCAUUUGUAACUGAAGUUGCAGUACAGCAUUAUUAAUAAUGUUCGAAUAACCUACUUUGGAACACAUAUGGGUGUCACUUUCUUUGCAGUAUUUUGAUGGCUUCCCAAUUCUUUGUUUUAAAACAGUAUUAAUAAAGUAUUUAACAUGCAUUAUUAUGAUGGUAACUUGAAAUGUUACCAAGUGAAAUGACAAUAAAUCAUCCUGAUAUAGUACAGACAGGAUUAUUCAAGUGAUUAAGCAUUGGUCUGUUGUCAGCUCUCCUGUACUGUAAUGUUUUCCAAGCAAUCAAAGUUUAUGAUAUUUUGAUAUCUUGUAAAAAAAAAUUUUGUCCUAAUUUUUUAACUUACACAUACCUACAAUUAACGUGAGCCUAAUUUAGUACAGAGCAAACUUCUACAUAUAAUAGUCUUAGCUUUGUCUAGCGGCAAAUGAGAUUUAGGUGGUUGAAGUUCAUGCUUUUAAUAGCCCAGUACAUUACAGUAUUAUUUGCCUUUGUAAAUUACUUUAUUGAAAUUGUGAUAGUGCAUUUGAAUUAUAUGCCUCUGAUGUAGUAGAUUUUGGCCAGUGUUCACUUAAAUCAAGAUAGUUUGACUAUCCUACUGUAUUAUGUUGUCUAGGACAAAGUGGUACAUCAUGCAUGUAUAGUUUUCUAUAGAAAAUGGCCAAUAUAGAAUAUUGCCAAAGUGAGAGUGGAUUAUUUUUUCAAGGGAAUAAAACAGGACUUUGUAUAAAACAACUUAAUUUUGAAUGAAAGAUGUUUGAUUGUCAGAAGCCAUUAAAUUCAUUGCCCUGGUCUGCUAUGUACUCUUAAGUGAGAUUGAAUUAUUUUUCAGUAAAACCACUUCCCCAUCCCCCCCCCUUUUUAUGAAGUGAAAGGGAAUCAGUGAAAUGUCUAAUGUAUAUACUUUUGUGUAUAUAUUACAGCUUUAGUUACCCAUAUUGGGAAUCAUGAAUACAGUUCUUAUAUUAUUUGGAAAAUGUUAGGUAUAAGAUUGAAUGAAAAUGCAGGAAAGUUCAAGGAAGCAUUACAAAUAACUUUCGUUUUUUUUGUGUUAAGGCCUUUCCAUACAGGUAACUUUGUUUUCUAGUGUUGGUGUUAAAAACUGUUUAUUCAAAUCAGUUUAGUUCUCAAGACAGCAGUUACGUAAUUCAUUUGAACAUCACUGCAUGGAACAUGCUUGUUUGUUGUUUCCAGUGAUGUCAAUACAUACCAUGUUAUGAGCAUUUCUUUGCUGUGCAAGGGUUUACUUGUAGUAGCAUGAUUUGGAAGCAGAUUGAAUGUUCAUGCAUCUUUGAAGUGUGCUUCAACUUUGUACAUGUGAGCAAAGGACAGCGAUAAUUUCCUGUGGUAUUUUGAAGAGUGAAAGUUGUUCUUGACAUAAAACAAGUACUGUAGUUUUUUAGUAUCUGAAAAUGACCAAAAGUUUUCCUGUUACUAUUUUCAUCAAACAUUGACAAUAUUAAUUUGGAAAAGGAUUUGAUUCUUAGUACAAAGAUGAGUGGCCCAUGUAACAAAUGUUAUUGUAGUAAACAAUACAGUUCACUUCAUGCUAUACCACCAAUAUCAGUUUUAAUUCUAAAUGAGGAUUUCAGGGAUACCCAUUUACCCUUUGAACAAAGGAAUGUUAUGGAAGUUUGAGACAUAACUUUAAUCAGAGAAAAACUUGUGAUGCUGGGUUGUUUUCAUCAAUUAGUUCUUGAAAGAGUUUAUGUCUCAGCUUUGUCAUAUAAAUGAUUUAGGCUCAAGGAUUUCAAGAAUGUUAUUUCUGUGAGAUGAAAUAAUGAUUCUUCAGAUAAGUAAAUUCCAUAGCUGAAAAAUGGCUUCCAGCUAUUCAAAAACUUAGUUCAGAUUUGGUUUCUAAUUAGUACUAGCUUCUCAAACAAUUCUGGAAGGAAUUUAUAUUUUCAGUAGUUAUUAGCAAAAUGUGUCAAAAGAUCAUACUUUAAAUCCUAGUGAAGACUUAAAUAUCUAAAUUUUCUGAGCUUAAUAUUAUUGUAAUUUUCUCUAUAUUUAAUAAAUACAUUGAAGUGGAAAGAUUUUGGAAUGGUAAUGGUGUACUUACACUUGACACUGCAUGGUGAUAUAGCAUAGAGUUUGCAUUUGUAUUGCAAGUUAGCACUCAUUUAAGAUGUUAGACUGCUCUUAAAGCAGCAAGGAUAUAAGUGUCUGCUACUCCUGUAUUUUUAGACCUUCAGUAAAUCAGCAACAUAUCCAUAGUGUAGAACAGUGUCAGAUGUUUACAAGCUAAUGAAUCAAUGGAUGUUAAAAAAAUCAAAGGAACUCAGUCAACGUGACAGCAAACCAAAGUAUUAUUGCUGACUAUCCCCCAAGUCAAUGAAUUGAAUAAUCAACAUUAAGGGCCUUUAAGCUUUGUUUUUAUUAUAUUACAAAAUAUUACUUUUUCAUUAAUACAGAAAUUAAGUUUUCUGUGACUGCAUUGCAAUAUACAAUAUAAUACUAAAGAAGUUGGUGUCAAUGUUUUACCAAGGAAAUAGUAAAAUAUAUCUUUCAAUCAAUACUAUUUGAUUUUUAUAUGAAAUAUAAAAAGGUACUGAGAUAAUGUUAAUUAAUUUACCAAUACGUAUAACAUUCAUAAAAGAUUGUGGUCAGUCAACUUUAACCACCAAUUGCCUGGAUCAGAAAAUGCAAAAUAUAUGUACUAUCCUAUGAGAUUUUUUAAAAAUAAAAUUUGACAUGCAAAUUGAGACAUAUUGUUGUAAAAUUUUAAGCACAAGAUCCCUGUAACCUGUUUUUAAAAGACAUACUUCACAUGGCUAAUUAAAAGUGUUAAUUGCAGUUCAACCAUGUGGUACCAGGUAAAUUAUAAAAAAAAAAAAUUGUUAACCAUUUCUCUUCAAAGUUCAUUGUCACCCUGAAGAUUACCUCUAAUGAUAUUUUGCAUUUAUGUAAAUAGGAAAGCAUUACAAUAAUCUCAUAGUAUCUACAAAUUGCCAAAUACAUGCAAAAAAUCUAA